AUGUCGCGCUCACGGUCGACUGGUCGUGACGAUGGACUCGGCGCGCCCAAACAGGAACAACAGCAGCAUCGCUGCGCCAGCAGCACUCCAGGCCCUCGCGAUGAUUUCCACGCUGGCUUCGUCAAGCGCUUGGUCGGCAUCCUGGACAACCACGGCAAAGUCAUCAAGAACAAUGCAACUUUCUUAAGCGAAAUCUCAACCACCCUUCGCAAUCAUUCAUACUCGCGUCUACCUCGUCCUGUCAGUGAACCUGCUCUGAAGGUUCCAACUACUCCUAUCGUUCAACCUGCUACGCCAGACGACUGCGCUGUCGAAUCCAGUCCGGAGUUCAUGCCCCCUACGCCUCCCGAUACGCCCACUGUCGAAGUAUCCGACUGGUCUCACCAGCCACCCAAGCCCACCGAAGCCAGAUACCAGAACGAACAGCCAAAGAUCCCUAAAAUCAUUAUCAAAGACCACAGCACUUCGACCUCAACCACCAUUAGCGCCCCUGUCGACUCCAUCAUGGACCUUUCCAUCUCUUCCACUGAUGAUGCUGACGCUGUCGUUACUACCUCCGACAUGACUCCCACCACUUCUGACAAACACAAUACUGCUCUGGUCCCUGUCAAGAAGAACUCGAUCGGAAUCUCUGACAUCUCUUCCUUCAAGAGCCCCUUCAAGGACUCGUUCAACUAUGCAACACCCAAAAUGGCUGCCACUUCACCCGAACCUAACUCAGCCGACCAGAGCACUGUCUCCGAAGAGGACAUUUCUCAGUGGUAUGCCUACCAUGCGGACCGCGCAGCUAAGAGUUUGCGCUAUGACUUGCGUGAGGUUGACCUGAAGAUGGAUCGCUUUGUUCGCCGCAUCAACGACCUCAAUUCGCAGUGCUCGGCCCUCAACAAUCUCAUGUCGUCCAACGCCUCGACCGUCCUCAACCCUAACACCCAGCAGCAUCGUCGUACUAGAAGUACCCCAGCUGUUCAGGGCAACGACUACUACACCCGCAAGGAGAAGGAGAUUCGCGACGACAUCAAGGAGGCUUUUGAUAGUCUUCGCUCGGCACUCGCCUUCUAUCGCAAGCAGCGUGUAGCUCCUCUUGAGCUCGUCAACACCAAAGCUGAGGUCGUCAUGCCGGGUUACUGGUCCUUGGAUGCUUACGGCAAACGUCGCGCUCUGUUCCACUUCUACAACCGCAACAAGGACAUCUCCAGACCUGGUGACCGCGCACGCUACCACGACGCCAUGGCUCUUCUCGACGCAUGCACAGCCAUGUCUCUGAACCAGGAAUUUGUCGACAAGAUCGAUAGAUGGGAGAGACAGAUUGGCACCGUCAAGAGCCAGUCAGGUGCUGAUACAGUCAUUCCUUGA